GCUCCGAGCCCGCACUGUGGCGUCUCUGAGCCUUCCACAGUAUCCCCGAGCACAGCGCUGCCAGAGGAAUCCAAUGAAGUCAUUCCCAAGGCCCCUCUGCCCCCGCAGCGAGCGCGGCGGCGCGGCCGGUCGGUCUCCCACCCCGUCCCCUGGCCCGCAGCCCUCGUCCCCGGAUGUCCGCAGCCCUCCCCGAGCCGCCCUGCUGCGGUCCUCGGGGCCCUGGCGCCGCGCCGGGAGCGGGGUUGGGGGCUGGCGGGGCCGCUGGGCCCUGCCCGUUGGCUUGGCGCCCGCCGGGCAAGCAGGCAGGUCCCGCCCCGCAGGUUCGCAGAGAGCGUCCGCCGCCUGCGCCCCUCUCCGAGCCCAGUCCUCCCGCGAGCCGCGAGCGGAGCACACGUGUCCCUCUUGCCGUCCCGCGCCACCAUGGCCGCCUCCUCCGCGCGGCCCGCCGUCCUGGCCAUGACCGCGCUGGCGCUGCUCCUGACGCUGUGCCUGCGCCCAGGUGGUGUAAGUGGAAAUAAACUCAAGCUGAUGCUUCAAAAACGGGAAGCACCUGCUCCAGCUGAGACCAGCGUGGCUGCUGAGGAGAGCAAAGCCAAGGAAUUCCUCGGCGGCCUGAGGCGCCAGAAGCGGCAGCUGUGGGACCGGAGCCGGCCAGAGGUCCAGCAGUGGUACCAACAGUUCCUCUACAUGGGCUUUGACGAGGCGAAAUUUGAAGAUGAUGUCACCUACUGGCUAAACAGAGAUCGGAAUGGACACGACUACUACGAUUCCUACCAACGGCACUAUGACGAGGAUGCUGCGAUCGGCCCGCGGAGCCCCUACAGCUUUAGGCACGGGGCCAGCGUCAACUACGACGACUACUAGCCGGCACCAGGCGUGGCCUCUCCACCGCGCCUGCGCUGCUUGGUCUUUGGCGUGCUUCCUUUCAUUAGGUACUUCCUACCCGCUUCCUGUGACCAGAAAGGAGGAAUUAAAGCUAAGAAUAUAAAUGCCUUCUGAUGUGUUGUGCAAGUACCUAACAACGCAUUUCAUUUAAAAUUAGAAAUAAAAGCAUUUUGUUAAAAA